AUGCCUCCGGAGUUCACUGCGGAAGAAAUGGAGGAGCUAUCUCGAGAACGGGCCUACCUCAAUGGGCUAGUCGAGGAGACUGCGGAGGCAACGGGACAACAGGCGUGUAAUCUAGCUUUCGCCAAGACCCACAAGACGGCGUCGACAACCAUGGCGAUGAUACUCGUGCGGUACGCGCGUCGACACGACAUGAAGCUUGCCUCGUUUGGAGGUAACCACGUCUCAGCAAUCCCGCUCACCGAAGCCGUGCAACAGAUAGAGGAGAGCGGCGAGCGCGUGGAUGUGAUGCACUACCACUACACCGCUUACGGCUCCUUCGAUGGGAGGUGGGCGGAGGCGAAGGCCAUGUACGAGAAGAUCAUGCGGGAGGGGGAGAGAAUAAACUACAUCACCGUCGUGAGAAGUCAGCGGUCGCACUUCCUGAGCUACUACUACUACUACGUGCAGCCGGAAGUGCAGUUGUCAGUGCAGCACUUCUUCGGAAGCAAUCGACAAGACCCUCAGUUUCAGUACCAACGACGGAGGUUAACAAACCCGCUUUGCGCGGAGUUCGGCAUCCACAACGGUGAACAGCUGGCCCAGUUCAUCGAGACGGAGCUGCCGGACUUCCGUCUGGUGUUGCUGACGGAGGCGUUUGACGAGGGCUUGAUGAUGAUGCGGCGGAUUCUGGGGUGGGAGAUGAUCGACAUGACCUACUCCCGCAUGAUGGAGACGAAGGCUGGGGGGGCGCGGUGGGACGGAAAGGAACUCAAGAAUGUUCCGCACUGGGAAGACUUGCCGACCUGGGUUCAAGACAGGGUGGACGCCAAUACCGCCCUGGACAAGAUGCUGUACGACGCGGCCGUAAGCCACUAUAACAAGAUGAAGGCCGUUGCGGCCAUGGAGAUCGAAGACGACCUCAAGGAGUUCGAUGAGCUGCAGAAGACGGUCAACGGGUACCUAGCACUGAACUCGUCGAGCGAGGCGAUUCGCUGGUACUCAGGGAGUGCGCAGCCUUACCUGGGAGGAGAACAAUUUCACCCGUUCUGA